AGCUUGUUCAGUCGAUCCCCUCCGACAGCUGAAUGCUGGACGACCGCUGUCGAGCUCCGUGCCCUAGUGCUGUAUUUAUUUGCCCUGUAAUGCGGUGAAUAAAUCUACAACCUGUUGGGUUUUCUGGCUUUGGAAUACAUCAGGUGCGCUUUCCAAGGAACUAAUGCGCGUUGCAACUUUACUUUUGCGAAUUUGAGCUUGCCAAAAGGAAAACAACUUUGCGGUGUAGUUUGGCUGCCAUAACCUCAAUACACGAGACGAGUGGAUUAGGGCUGAGUAACCUACGUUACGCUUUUAAAACGUUGAUAGGAACGCAUGGGUUUGAUAAUGGUUCCAUUUAAGGUAUUUAAUUUUAUGUAGACAUUCGGAACUGCUUCACGGUUGACGACGAAGACAUCGGAGAAGCUGUGGCCACUUGACCCUUUUCUAGGCAAACAAGACGCAACGUCACCAUUAUUGGAAAGGUGCGCUUUCCGUCUGUUAUAUCCAAAACAGCUUUUAAGUGCGCGAAGAGUGCAUUUGAAAAAAAUCCAAACUUUUUGCUUAGUCGUCCCUUGCCUAAACAAUUGGAUAUAUUUGUUUAUUUGUUGUAGGGCUACUGAGAUCGAUGCCUCCCGUUUCGUAACAACGAGUAUGACGGGCAAUGUUAGGGUACCGAUGUGCCAUGCGCCGCUUCGCAGGCUCCCAUAGACUCGGCACUGCAAUGCUGGCCGUGCCUCUCCACUUCAUCGUGGCUCUGUAAUUCAGCCAAGGAGCGAGAGGAUGAGCACAGAUCUGGAGCGCCUGUCUUUGAACUCUUCCUCGGGUAACUCUGUGGCGUCCAGUGCGCGCACCUUGUCAGCCAACGUUAAGAAGCUUCACAACGCGCUCAACUUGCUGCUCAGUGACUUCGAGAGAGAGCAGUUCAUCCACUGCCUCAACGUGUACCACUCCAAGCGCAAUGUCUGCGAUUUGGUCCAAACGCUCAAAGUCAUACUCAAUGUCCCGAGUAAGCGGCAGCUUUUGCCCAUGCUGCGGCUUGUCAUCCCGCGCUCGGAUCAGCUUCUCUUCGAUCAAUACACUUCAGAGGGUCUCUACCUAAAAUCCGACGCUCUUGCGCCAAAUGGUGACCCGGAAGGUGCCCACGAUGCAGCUAACUCGAGUCCAACAAGCGGGGCUCGUUUCUCGGCCCAUUCGGCAUCUCAGGUCGCGUUGCGCGGGUCACCAGACAACAUCAGCACCAGCAGCGAUGGGACAACGACGCUUAUUCCUCUUCUAGGCAGAAAUUUCUUACCGGAGCCGCCCGGAGAGAUCCGACAGGUUAUCCUCAAACGGCACAAGAGCAACGAGGGUUUGGGAUUCAGCAUUCGCGGAGGCUCAGAGCACGGGGUCGGGAUCUACGUGUCACUGGUGGAACCGGGUUCACUGGCGGAAAAAGAGGGUUUGCGAAUAGGAGAUCAGAUUAUGAAAGUUAACGACAAAGUGUUUGAUCGGGUCACACACGCAGAGGCAGUUAAGGUGCUGAAGGGAAGCAAAAAGCUUUGUAUGUCGGUGCGAUCCGUGGGGCGGAUCCCGGGCGGCUAUGUCACAAAUCACGUCUACACUUGGGUGGAUCCGCAGGGCCGCAGCGUGUCACCUCCUCCUGACCUGCUGGAGGAGCAUCGCAGCGCCACACUGCGCCGGUCCAACAGUCAGGGUCGCAGCCACAUGCAGCUUCUGCAGGACGGCGAUGAGAAGAAGGUGAAUCUGGUGUUGGAUGAUGGGCGUUCUUUGGGUCUUAUGAUUCGUGGGGGGGCUGAAUAUUCUUUGGGCAUCUACAUCACAGGAGUGGACCGGGGGUCUGCCGCAGAGUGCGGGGGGCUGAAGGUGGGGGAUCAGAUUCUGGAAGUGAACGGAAGGAGUUUCCUGGGCAUCCCACACGAUGAGGCCGUGCGAGUGCUGAAGUCUUCUCACCAUCUGAUGAUGACGGUCAAGGAUGUCGGGCGACUGCCGCAUGCCCGCACCGUGGUGGGCGAGACUAAGUGGAUUGCCAGCUCACAGAUCACAGAGAGCUCUGCCAGCAGCAGUGUUACAGGACUGUCUCUUGACCAGGGAGCGUCAGCGUCGGGAAAGGCUGGUUUUUAUAAAGGUGUAGCAGGUUCUCAGGUCACUCUGUCCAGUUUGGUGAACCAGAGCCGGGCGAUGCUGGAGGAACAGGCCAGACAUCUGCUGACCGAACCGGAGAGGCAGACGAUGGGAUACUACAUCCAGGAGUAUCGAGAUGGUCACAUCGGGGUUGAGCAGCUCGUAAUGGCACUCUUUGAACUAUUCAAUACACACGCCAAGUUUUCUCUUCUGUCUGAAGUGAGGGGGAUUGUGACCCCUCAGGAUGUGGAGAAGUUCGAUGGGCUCGUCCUAAGACGAGAGAUUGAAGCUCUGAAAGCGAGACAGGGGGGAGCAGGCUUCCAUGACUCAUUCUCGAUGGUGUCUUACCCCGACACUCUGGCCUCCUCCUCAGCCAGCUUUAUGACCAACACGACCCUCAGCUCCGCAAGGAACGACGGUACGGCGGAGAACAACGGGGAACAGUCUCUGGAGCAGAGCAACGCCCUGCCUGACGUGUCUCUGGAUGAGGUACAGUCCAUCUCAGAUUCCCCUCCCUCCUUUAAACCACCUCCUCCCCCAGGGGUCCCACGGCGUCCCAGUCGAAAGGCCACGCUUAGUAAACGGCCAUCUUCCACCUCAUCCCAAUCUGGCUUAUACUUCACCGCCCCUUCCCGCACCCUGACCAAAGAACUAAAGCACCCCAAACCACCCAAACCUCACAGUUCUCCUCCUGAAGCCCUCAAAAUAGACGUCCCGGUACCUCAGCUGUCAAUGGUUAGCCAGCACCCUAUCGGGCCUUUCCCUCGGGUCCAGUCUCCUAGCAAAGUAAAACAAUCUAUCCAAACCCAGUCGGUUCCACCGCCUGUCCCCAGUGUCCCCGCACCCCCUGGACCCCCACCCCCAUGCCCCGAUAAACCCGCCCCUUCCUCUCCAGCAUCCAAUCAGCAUUUUGUCAUGGUGGAGGUACACAGGCCAAAUGCAGAGCCGGAUGUGAAUGAGGUGCGACCGCUGCCGCAGGCUCGAGGAGGGACAUUAUCUCAGCUCUCAGACAGCGGACAGACCCUUAGUGAAGACAGCGGUGUGGACAUCGCUGAAUCCGGCCGUGUUAGUAAGGACAGCAGCCCACGUCCAGCUCGCACCAGAACCCAACGGGAUGGACGAGAGACAUCCACCAAACCGCCUGGUCUGUUGGAACCGACCUCUGCUCUCGUGCGAGUGGCAAAAAGUGCCAUUACGUUGGGCAUUGCAAUAGAAGGCGGAGCAAACACACGUCAACCACUUCCCCGCAUUGUUACCAUACAGAGAGGUGGUUCCGCCCAUAACUCUGGACAACUGAAGGUGGGCCAAGUAAUCCUAGAGGUAAAUGGAGUGUCACUUCGAGGAAAGGAACAUCGGGAGGCUGCACGUCUCAUUGCCGAGGCCUUUAAAACCAAAGCGAAAGACUACAUUGACUUCUUGAUCACAGAGUUAAAUGUGGCUCUAUAGGAC